CAUUGAUUGCAUUCGUUUCCCAUCUCCCUUCUAGUUGUAAACGAGGUGACCAUGGAGCGUCCUCAGUUUUCUAUGAGUGUUGCAGGUUUACGUGCAAUGCUUGAACAAGACUCCCUAGGGAGAUCUCACCCUUCCUCUCACAAACGGAUACAAGAACUCAUUACAAGUCUCCCUAAGAUCUCAGAAACUGAGCUCAAAGACUUGGGACAUUCUGAGUCUGUUUGCCCCAUAUGCUUUAAUACGUUCUUGGCAAUCCUGGCCGAAGAAGAAAUGGCACUCGUAAUGGACUCCCCCGCGCAUCCAGUGGAGGAACUGGGCGUGACUAGGCUCCACGAAACAUGCGGGCAUAUGUUCUGCCGGAGAGAUAUCACGAAAUGGAUACGAGACGGUCGCGAGUCUUGCCCCACUUUGACCAGGCGUGAGACGGAAGAGACUUCUCUACCAGAUGAUUUUACCGAGUGGAUUGUUGAGAGCUCGAUGGUUGCCAGAGAGUCUAACGGCGCAGGCUUGCUGCCCAUCCUGGGCGUCCCCUCGAUGGCGAUGGGCGGACAUCCAUCUGCCCAGCAACGAGAAAGUCGAGAUGAAUUUUCUGGGAUGUACUCGUAGCUUUUUAUUACAUGCAUUCCUUGCUCAGAUUGAGAUUAAACCCCCACUUCAUUAUGUAAUUCAUUCAUCGAGUAA